AGACACUGGCGGACAAAAAUAGACUCUUAUGUGUCGGCUGCCAUAAAUCGCUGCUCCCAGCCUACCAACCAACCAGCCAGCCUGCCAGCAAGCCCUCCUGGCAACUACAGUCAUCUGCACUCCUCCUUUCCCUCCUCUAUACCUUUAUUGGAUCCAUAUAUCCUCAAGUCAGGCUGUGGAUACUGAUCUGUGCCUGUCAAUACCUUUUCUCUAGUUCAUUUUCUGCUUGGACAACUGGAAUGUACCGAAACCACGCCAAAGACACCAACAACAACUGCAAUAAACAGCUUCUCGGCGAUUACAAGGAAAAGCUUAUCCAGGCUAUUAAAAGAAUCAAGCACGAGGUAGAUGAGUGCAGAGAGGCAGAGAGAGAGACGUACAUAGAGUCAGUGGAAGUAGAGAGCAGUUUUGAUGCCUUGGAACGAGAAAUCAGGGCCGAGUUUGAGAACCUCCAUCGUUUCCUGGAUGAGGAGGAGUGUAAGGACCUGGAGCGACUGCAGAGGGAGAGACAGAAACAACUGAAGCAGCUGAAGGAAAGAGAGAAGAAAAUAGCCGGCCAAGGGAGGGACCUGGAGAGAGCCAUCACGGUGCUCAACAGCAAACUGACAGAGGAGGACAGUCCGAAACUGCUCAAAGAAAUUCAAGAUCUCGUAAAAAGGUCUCAGGUCAGCUUUGUUCCUCCAGCAGAGGUGGACACCGAGGUGCGCGCCGGUCAGUUUGUGGGGCCCAUACAGUACAGGAUAUGGAAGCACAUGAAAAGCUGCCUUUACCCGAAUAUUACAUCAGUGACCUUUGACCCUGACACUGCCCAUCCUAAUCUGUCCCUGUCCGAGUCGUGCACCUCGGUGUGGUUUGAGGAGGAUAAGGACACGAAGGAUUGCCAGCCCAACCCACGGCGCUUCCAUUACUAUUACUGUGUGUUUGGCCGUCAGGGCUUCACCACAGGGAGACACUACUGGGAGGUGGAGGUGGGGCAUAAGACAGCAUGGAGGUUGGGAGUGGCACAAGAUGACGUUCCAAGAGGUGAGACCACUGCUACUGGCACCUCCGGUGGCCACUGGACCCUGGCCCUGAAGGGCGGAUCUAUCAUCGCCUGCACCGACCCGAAGCCCACCAAGGUCACCGUAUCUGUUCGUCUUGCCCGCAUCGGUGUGUUCUUAGACUGUGAAAAGGAGGAGGUGUCUUUCUAUAAUGCUAUUACCAUGGCGCCAAUCUAUACGUUCACGAUGGGAACAGUCAUGGUUCCUCUGUUCCCCUUCUAUAAUCCAUGCGACACAGACGAUGGGAAUAACACGGCAGCACUUAAGAUCUUUAGCCCUUCGCUAUGAUAGUGGAUUGUUGUCAACAACAACAAGAGAUUUCUAAUACGAAUCUUCUAUUUGUCUUAUUGUCACACUUCAAACUGAAACUAUUGGCUAAACAAGUGGGUAUUUGAACUAGCUGCAUUCAAACACGUAUCAGAGUAUCCACACACACACACACACACACACACACACACACACACACACACACACACACACACACAACCUCACAAACACUUGACUGUUUCAGUCAUGUUACAUAAAUCAGUUUAGAAGUUAGGCCACUCCCACUGGCAUGCCCACUUUUAGUGUGUUGGCAUGAGCACACACACGCGCGCCCUUGACCUCCCUGCCAAGUUACAGCCUGCUAUAGGGCAAAAACUGUGGCUGACAUUUUUGUGGACUGACCUACUGAGCUGCUAAAUUUAAUUAAUUAAUUGUCGACGCUUUGGAUAAUCAAAUAAAGGGGUUCUGUGGAACUUCUGCGUUGUGCCUUUUCAGGGAAAAAUGUCAUACAUUCGCUAGUUCCAGCUUUUCUAACUGAAAGAUUAACUGCUUUUCUUUUAAUCUGUUGAAAUAAACCAAAUAUUUUUGGGUUUGGAACAAAACAAGACAUUUGAAGACAUUGCCUCCGAAUCUGGGGAAGUCAUGAUGAACAUUUUUCAUCAUUUUCUUUUGUUAUAGACAAAACAAUUGAUAAAAAAAAAAAUUGACAAUAUUUUAGAUAAUAAUAAUGGUUAGUUUCUCCCUUAUUAUUAUACAAUGUUUUUUAUAAUCUGCAGAAAAGGUGUUGUAAAUAGAGAAAGUCUACAUUAAAUACAUUUGUUUUGAUGUUCUAGUACUGGAAUUGCUUGAAUGAUUUAAAGUUUGAGGAAAUAAAUGUGGUGAAACAUGAUGCUUCAAAUA